AUCCUUGACUGCGGGUCUCGCAGAAAGAAAAAUUCACCGCCAGCAGAGCACCUUCUAGAUUGCUCCUAGAGCGUAGGGACAGGAGUCUCUGCCGUCCAACUCACAGAACCGAAGAAAAAAAUGACCUCAUGAACAUGGGCAAAGAAAUCCAGCUAAGGCCCAAGGUGAAUGUCUCUUCGUACAUCCACUUUUUGCUGAAUUACAGAAACAAGUUUAAGGAGCAGCAGCCAAAUACUUUCGUUGGCUUUAAAGAGUUCUCUAGAAAGUGUUCGGAAAAAUGGAGGUCCAUUUCCAAGCAUGAAAAGGCGAAAUAUGAAGCCCUGGCGAUGCUGGACAAAGCCCGGUACCAGGAAGAGAUGAUGAAUUACAUUGGCAAGAAGAAGAAGCGGAGAAAGCGGGACCCCCAGGCACCCAGGAGGCCUCCAUCGUCCUUCCUCCUCUUCUGCCAAGACCACUACGCCCAGCUGAAGAGAGAGAAUCCAAACUGGUCGGUGGUGCAGGUGGCAAAGGCCUCGGGGAAGAUGUGGUCUGCAUCGGCCGACGACGAAAAGCAGCCCUACGAACGGAGAGCGGCUCUCCUGAGGGCGAAGUACCAAGAGGACCUGGAAGCCUACCGUGAACAACGCAGAGGCCAGAAGGGUCCCCAAGGCUUGGUUAAGAACCAGUGCAGAGUGUUUGGACAAACUGAGUCAAACAAAGUGGAUGGAGCCAAUCAGAAAUAAAAUGCCAUUCAACUGUA